AUCCAUACACCCGCUCGGUCUCCUUCUCCCCCGCGCUUUUAUCUACUCUACCAGACAAGGCCACAGAUCAUCACCGUACCAUACUCGCAUCGCAUACAGCAGCGCCACAAGGAAGGCCAAAGCGAAAACCUAGCAACGGAAUCACAUCCUACCUACUAGACCGCUCACCGGCAAUGUGCAGAGGGAUGGUGGACGACCUCCGCCCGCUCGGGCCCCGGCGGCUCGAUGUGCGCGCCUUCUACCUCCGCCUCUCUUCCUCCUACUCAUCCACGUCGCCGCCGCCCGCGGAGCUCACGCUCGUCUACCGCCCGGCCAUCGGCGGCUCCGCACUGGAGCUUGCCAGCCGCGCGCUCCCGCCGGCGUGCCCCGCCGAGGCCACCCUCCUGCUCGUCCGCGGCGCGGACGACGCGCCGGCGUACGCGAGCGCCGAUCGCGUCUCGGCCGCCGAGGGCGCGCGCUUCGAGGUGUACGCCGGGAAGGAGCUCGCGGCGGAGGGCGCCUUUUUCCCGCGGCGGCGCCUCGACGGAGGAGGGUGGCGCGUCGAGUGCCGCCGGCCGGCCGGGUCGCGCUCGCGGGUGGCGGAGGUGCUGGUCCUCGCGGAGGGCGGCGUGCUCAUAAGGGCCAGGGCCAGGGCGGCGAGGCGGAUCGGGUGCGCGACGCCGCUCGAGGGGAUACCGGAGGAGGAUGCGUCCUCCUGGGGGUCGUGCGAGUGCGGGGCUUGUGGGGACGAGUGGCAGAUGGUCGGAGACAGCAGCAGCGAUGAUGACGACGGCGACAAGCUGAAGGAGGAGGAGUUGGAGGCCGAGACGAUGCGGUGGGCGCUGGAGAUGGGCGCCUGGGCGGUGUGCGUCGGGGUCGGCCUGCUCGCCACCGCCCGCCGGUUCAGCCGGAGGAGGGCCGCGCUCCGGUGAUCCCUGCCUGUCAAGAGAAAUUUGUUUUUGUUUUCUUCAGUCUCACUUGGUCAAAGUGUAUUCAGCAGUAGCUUCUUCUUCUUCAGUCUAGUGAUUUUGUUUCGUGGGAGUUGUCAAUCAAAGCUUGUAGCGUAUAUGUACAUACACUCGAAAUCAUACUGGUCAGUAGUGAUACUGGUG